AUGAUACUCCGACUGUCCUCGCUCGCCCUAGGGCUGCUACCUCUCGCCGCAAGUGCAUUAUCGGCCGCAGACGUACCCGCCGAUACACCCGUGUCCCAACUUAUCAAGGACGCCAGUGUACAACUCGCUACCGGAAACACCCAAGACGCCCUUACGUAUUUCGAUAUAGCCAUCUCUCGCGACCCGCGCAACUAUCUCACCUACUUCAGGCGUGGUGCUGCCUACCUACAGAUCGGAAGGACCACGCAGGCCCAGCAUGACUUUGACAAGGUGCUGGAACUGAAGCCUGGCUUUGAGGGUGCACUGGUGCAGCGUGCCAAGAUAAGAGCCCGGAAAGCCGACUGGGAAGCGGCGCGCAAAGACUAUGAGGCUGCUGGAAAACCCGACGAAAUCGCCCAGCUGGAAGAGGCACAGGGCGCUACCAUGGUGGCGCAAGAGGCAGCAGACAAGGGCGACUGGGACUCGUGCAUUACAAAUGCAGGCGCCGCCAUCGUAGUGGCAGGCGCCGCAUACGACAUCCGCAAGAUCAGGGCACGCUGUCGCUUCGAGAAGGGCGAGGUGGUAGAAGGAAUCAGUGAUCUACAGCACCUUCUGCAAAUCAACACUGGCGACAUCACACCCCACCUUCAGAGCUCGGCCAUGGCCUUCUACUCCUUGGGUGAAACCGAGAAAGGAAUCAAGCACAUCGCCCAAUGUCUGCAGUCAGAUCCAGACUCCAAGGUCUGCAUGAAGCUGCGACGCCGCGAAAAGAACCUCGAAAAGGACAUUCAAAAAGUUCGCAAGUACUUCGAGAAGCGGCAAUUCGCCACCGCCUCAAAGCUGCUUAUCGACCGCGGCGAAGAAGACCCUGGCCUCCUCAAAGAAGUAAAGCAAGACUUCAAAGACUACACAGAAAUGGGCUACAUCUACGCCAACUCACCCCAAGGCCUCUACCAGACUCUCCUGGAAAUGACCUGCGAAGCCUACGUCGAAAUGAACAACAUGAAGAAAGCAACUCCAUACUGCACAGAAGCCCUACAAAAAAAUCCAAACUCACUCCACGGCCUCCUCCACAAAGCCCAGGGCCAGCUUGAAGCUGACGACUUCGAAGAAUGCAUCCGUACCCUAGACGCCGCGAAAGAACACCACCAGCAACACCAAAAGCUAAACGAAAUGUACCAAAAAGCACAGACCCUUCUCAAACGCUCAAAGACAAAGGACUACUACAAGGUUCUUGGCGUAACACGUGACGCAGACGAACGCGCAAUCAAGAAGGCCUACCGCAAACUCACAAAGCUGUACCACCCAGACAAGGCAAGCGCAAACAACAUGACACCAGAAGAUGCGCAGAAGAAAAUGGCCGCGGUCAAUGAGGCGUACGAGGUUCUGUCUGAUCCCGAACUCAAGGAACGUUUCGAUCGCGGUGACGACCCCAACAACAGCCAGCAGCAGCAAGGGAACCCCUUCCAGGGUAGUCCAUUCGGCGGCCAGCAGUUUAUGUUUAAGCAGGGUGGAUUCCCCGGUGGUAACUUCAAGUUCCACCAGGGCGGGUUUCCGGGUGGUGGCUUCCCCUUUUGA